CGGGCGGAUGAGAAUACCAUGAGAGCCGCGCGUGAUUAACUAAAAUAGAUUUGUAUUAUUUUUACGUGUCCGUGACGUGUUAUCAGGACAAACGAACUUGACAUAGUUGUUGCUGACUAAACAUUACAGGUUUUUCAUUGCAAAAAAAUUAGUGUAGUGACGAAAAACACUGUAAUGUUCACAUCGUUGUUUAGCCCUUUGAUAACUAAGGCCAGCUGUGAAGAGGUGGGGGACUGGUUAUUUAAAACGAGCAGAUACAAAGCAACUACAUGAUAUAUUUCUGAAGUACGCCACCGUCGACCGCAACGGCGAGAAGUAUAUAACUAGUGAAGAUUUCGUCCGGAAGUAUCUUGGAUUAUUCGAUGAAGAUGACUACAACAAGGAGUCGGUGCAGCUCAUCGCUGGCAUCGUCGACAUGGACAAAGACGGCUUCAUCUCCUUCUCGGAGUUCCAAACGUUCGAGGGACUCCUGUGUGUGCCGGACGCACUGUAUAAGACCGCCUUCCAACUCUUCGACACCAACGGCAAUGGACUUGUUGGAUUUGACGAAUUCGCCGAAGUCAUGCAGAAGACGGCUCUGCACAAGAAACUACCUUUCAAUAUGGAGAGUACAUUCAUCCGCCUCUACUUCGGUAAGGAUAGGAAACGUCUAGUGACCUACCCUGAGUUCAGCCAGUUCCUUCACGACUUCCACGAGGAGUAUGGAGUGGAAGCCUUCAAGAAAUGCGACAAAAACGCCUCUGGGUUUAUCAGUUCUGGAGACUUCAGGGAUAUUAUGCUGUCCGUGAAGAACCAUCUGCUUACUAAGGAGAUGAAGACUAAGGUUAUAAAUGCUUCAGGCGGCUUCCCCCAAGGCGAGCGCAAGAUCAGUUUCCCCUACUACAUGGCCUUCAACUCACUACUCAACAACAUGGAGCUUAUCAAGAGGGUCUAUCUCAACGCUACUAACGGUUCUCGCACGCACGAAGUCACGAAAGAAGAAUUCCUUCACUCCGCCCAGAUGAUGAGUCAAAUCACUCCUCUAGAAGUCGAUAUCCUGUUCACUCUUUGCGACAUGAUUCAUCAUUCAAAUGGUCGAAUCGUGUACAACGACCUCCACACCAUCACGCCGGAACAGUACUUCAAACAUGUGUCCCGACGCAUCGCAGAAAUUAAAGCCGUAUCCAGUCCGGAAGAGCGAAGCGUCUUCAUUCAGAUCUUGGAGAGCACGUACAGAUUCACGCUAGGUUCUAUUGCUGGUGCCGUUGGCGCGUCAGCGGUAUACCCAAUCGACCUGGUGAAGACUCGAAUGCAGAACCAGCGUACGGGCUCGUUCAUCGGUGAGGUGGCGUACCGUAACUCGUGGGACUGCUUCAAGAAGGUCAUCCGCCACGAGGGUGUCUUCGGCCUCUACAGGGGUCUCGUGCCACAACUCAUCGGAGUCGCGCCGGAAAAGGCUAUCAAGCUUACUAUGAACGACUUGGUUCGCGACAAAUUAAGCGACUCCAAGGGUAAUAUUUCGAUCCUCGGAGAAGUUAUCGCUGGAGCAUGCGCUGGUGGCUCCCAGGUGGUCUUUACAAACCCCCUAGAGAUCGUCAAGAUUCGUCUUCAGGUCGCCGGCGAGAUCGCGGGCGCCAGUAAAGUGCGCGCGUGGUCCGUGGUCAAAGACCUCGGGCUGUUUGGCCUCUACAAGGGGGCGAAGGCCUGUCUGCUUAGGGAUGUACCCUUCAGCGCUAUCUACUUCCCUGCUUAUGCUCAUGUUAAGGCCAAAUUCGCGGACGAGAACGGGUACAACCACCCACUGACGCUGCUGGUGUCAGGUGCCAUUGCUGGCAUCCCCGCCGCCUCGCUCGUCACGCCCGCUGACGUCAUCAAGACCCGGCUACAGGUGGUAGCGAGAUCAGGCCAGACGACGUAUAACGGUGUGAUUGACGCCGCGAGGAAGAUCUAUGCUGAAGAAGGUGCUAGAGCUUUCUGGAAGGGUGCCACAGCGCGUGUGUUCCGCUCAUCACCACAGUUCGGCGUGACGCUGCUCACAUACGAGGUGUUGCAACGUCUCUUCUACGUGGACUUCGGUGGAUCACGGCCGGCGGGUUCCGAGUUCCAAGUAUCCACAUUGCUGGACGAAGCGAAGAAGAAGCCAGACCACAUCGGAGGGUACCAAGUAGCCACGCCGGUGCUCACUGGCUUAGAAACCAAGUUUGGCAUCGCGUUGCCAAGGUUCGCGCACAUCCACAAACCUCAACCUCAGUAGGUUCAACCUCAAAUACCCAGUUAGGGACAAAACCACAUUUGUCAGCACCGCAUUGCACUUUCCUAUACUUCUAUCCUUUUCUGUUACUCAGAAGUGUCAUUUGCCAGAGCGAGAGAAAGCGACUGCACGCGGCAGAAUCGACGAGCGUACAUAAACGUGCAGUCGCUCUCUCUCGCUCUGGCAAAUGACGGUUCUGAGUAACAGAAAAGGAUAGAAGCAUAGGAAAGUGCAAUGAGCGGUUGACAGAUGUGGUUCUACCCAAACUUCACACAGGGGAGGUACGGCCACGAGCAUCAAUGUUUAUAAUUUUAGUACCAUAUCACAUUAACUUUUAUGACAAACUGAACUGUAAGUUUAAGUCAUUUUCGAAUGUAUUAAUGCGAUAGGGUUCUAAAGUCGGUCUUUGAUAUGUUUUGCUCGUGACAGCGAAAAAAUCCGAUUCUGAAUGCUUCCGCUGCCACCUCUGUGUGCAGAAAAGUAUAAUACCCUAUAAGAGUUAAAUAUACAAGCGUCGAUCGGGUCGCGUAUAAAUGCGGUGUCUAGUUAAUUCGUACGGGUUGUACCGACCCGCGACUCGAGGUCUGCUAUCGACGUAGACGUGACAAAUAACACGCGCUAUCACUAAUGUUAAGCUGAGCUGUCUACGUAGAUAAAAACUGCGAUAUUCAUCUCGCGUCUACGUAGCGUAGAUGCCGUGGGUGGUGUUUUUAUAAGUUAUUACUUUUUUGUGAAGUAAAAACAUUUUUACAUUUGAAAUUAUUUUUAUCCGUCUACGCAUAACAGUUGUGGUUUUAAAAUGCGUUACAUAUUUUUUUGUAAUCUUUAUUUUGUUAUUCUUUUUGUGAAGGAUCAUAAGAAGUGAGCUAAAAUCUCUUUUUAUGUUCUUUCUUACUGCCGUUCAAUUUCCAUGUUUUCUCCAGUUUUUAAAACAUAGUCAUAGUCAUAGUCAUUUAUUGAUAAUAAUAAUUACACGUCACAGAUAUACACUACUUAAUGUUUAAAUUUUAACCAAGGCCUAGCCUUAAGAGAUGUUGAUCUUGAUAAGUCGGUAAAAUUGAAAUUAUUUUUAGCCGAAUGAGAAUUAAUAAGAGAAGAUAACGAACAUGAAACUGUGUGCUUUAAGGGUACUUCAAAUAGAUAAAUAGUAUUAUUGAAAUGUGAAAUAAAACAGAAAGAGGGCUCGGUAGUGCGAGGGCCAUGUUCACGCUCGCGCUGUGCCGAACUCAUUUAAUUUUAUAUCUCUUAUACGGUCCGUUGGCCACCUCGCAGCAUUUGUUUCUAUUGCCUUUAUUUUCAUCAGAGGCGAAUACCUUUUAGAUUAUUUUUCUAAUUAUAAGCUAAAAUCAGAAUCACUGAAAGUCGAACGUUUUGUUAUUUCUUUUGAUUGUUACGUUUUUUGUAUGAUUUUAUGAAAAAUUAGGGCUUGUUUUGUCAACUUAUUUCUUUCGGUUUUACACUUCGGUUUGUACCCAGUUUGUAAGUGUGGCUACCUUUAAAAUAACUAUAUAUGCUAAUAUCGAACUAGCGGAUAAAUUUUAUUUGAUAUUUUUGAUAUAAUAAUGCUUUUCGUUGUCAUAUCGGGUUGUCUGAAGUCUUAAUCUCGCAAGUUGAUGAAACAAGCCCGCCCAUAUCACGUCUGAUGUUCACGAGGUAUUUAGUUUUUUGAUAUAUAUAAUUCAGGAGGUACAAACUUACAAAGCAAAUGUUACCUGACUAGCAAGAAACAAUUGAUAUAAUUGAACUUAUUAAAGUAUUCCAUAGAUAGGAUGACUAUUGUUAUCUUCAAUCAGAAAUAUUUUAUAUAAUAAUUAUUAGCUUGGGUUCGUCCAUAGUAUAAAAUACAUAAAUUAAUAUGCUUAAAAGUAAUAAUAUUAUAGCAAUAAGAGUUGUGUAUACGCUUAAUUUUGUAAGCUUAUUUUUUAAAAUCAAACUAACUUAGCUUCUUUUUAUAAUGCCCCUUCAGCAGAAUGUUAUUCAACCUUAUUCUAUUAAAAUACUUCUUCAAUACAUAGGAUAUUUUGGGGAAGUAUAAUAACAAAAAUAUCUUCCAAUUUAAUAGCAAUAUUUUUGUAAUACUUAACGUAAUAAGUUCUUUUGUGUGAGCUUUAAUAUUUAUUUACUGUAAUUAUGCAUUUUAAUGUCUUUAUAAGAUUUUUUUCUAAAUUAUUAAUUACAAAGCAAUAGGAACGUGUUCCGGUAUAUGAUGCUCAGUUGCCAGUCCCUGAGGUUCCGGUUUAUGGUCAUAUUCCUCAGUGCUGGGGGUCGUGACUUCCCUACCCUUUGUGCGGGACUGGACAGAUUCUUGGAUUCGGCAGAUUCAGAAUUCUACAGAUUAGUUGAUUGGGCAGAUUAGUGGAUUCGACGGAUUAGCUAUACGGCAGAACUACAGUUGUUAAAAAAAAAACAAUCUAUCCCAUCCCGAAUCAGCCCUAUUUGGAAUAUCUAGCCGGACUAAUGCAUUAGGCUGCGUUCACCAGGCCUUUUCCCGUCUACUUUCCCAGUCACGAUUAAUCUGAGAUUGUCACCCUCUUUUCUUCCAUAGCUCGCUGGUUCAGAUCCGGCUCGAAGGACCAUUUUUAUGUGCCCUAACAUAAAAAACAGGCGGAUUUAUAGAAUCACGAUAUUUAUUUUUAUGGCACGAAAAAACUUACACCAUUUUAUAACAUUGAGUUGUUCUUAACUAACCAUAGACAAUCCAAAAAACUAUUACAGUAUAAAAAUAUUUAUGGUUGACUUGGUCAUAAACACCAAUGUGACCGAAGUAUACACCUCCACCAACCCGCAUUGGAGCAGCGUGGUUGAGCAUGCUUCAUACCCCCUCCGGUUGAUUGAGGGGAGGCCUGUGCCCAGCAAUGGGACGUAUAUAGGCUAUUUAUGUAUGUUAUGUGACCGAAGUAUUCAAGAAUUCUGCAGAGUCAAAUGACACAAAGCAAUAAUAGAUAGGGACAUGUUCCGGUAUAGGAUAACGCCAUGCAAUAUUUUAUUUUAUAGUAUUUUAUACUUAAUUACUUAUUUAAUUUAUUGUAAUACUUUUGUAAGUAUGUUAAUGCGCAUUGCGCAGGCAGAGUGAGAGCAGGGGGGCUAAAACGGCCACAUCGAAGCAAUUCAUCUAAGAAAGCAAUAUUGCAAUUUGACAUUUGCGCAUAUAAAAGUAAGUGCACAAUGCAAACAACUGUCAAAUAGCAAUAUUGCUUUCUUAGAUGUAUUGCUUCGAUGUGGCCAUUUUAAACCCCCUGAUAUAUUUAUAUCUUAUAUUCUGUUGUAUGUCUAUUCAAAUGUUGCUGUAGGUUUGUAUGGCGUCGCUCAUACAAAAUCUUGUCCAUGAAAGGAGUUCCGUAUACGAGGCUCUAGUAUCGAAGUCUACAUAAACUUACUACUAUUGUGAUCGCUUGUUCAAAUAUUUGACAGCCAAGCAAAAUUGUAUCCAAUUAUCAAAUAAUUCGAUUGAGCUUGGCUGUGUAAUAUGUACUUAAACACAUGUCAUGGUCACAGCUUGUUUAUUUUUUAUUGGUAAAUAGAUCAGUGUUGCCAAUUAGAACGCGUACUCCCAAGGGUUUGCUCUCAAACCCAACACAUCAAUCAAGAUAUUGAUCAAUCUCUAUUGAUUGAAAAUGUAAGCUGAUUUAAAACGCCUAUCGGUACGAGUACGCGAGUAUAAAGUGUUUCUUUAAGUAGACUUAAAUAAAUGGUAACCUUUCGUGUGUUUAUUAAUUUAUAGAACGCCAAACAACGGUGAGCUUGCAAAGGUAUGGAGCGAUUUUGGCAGCGAAUUUAAGAAAAAAUAUCAUUAACUUGUAAUAAUUAUGAUAAUGGUACCGAUUCGGGCGACCACCCACUUAAUUUGUCAGGACUAACUAGUUCUAUCUCUUUCUCGCACUUAUUAAGUGGACGGCACUAUUCUAAGUGCUAAAAAUAGGUUAAGUUUGUGUGCGCCUGAAUAGGCAUCAAUGUGUUGCACUUUGUAUGUAGCAACUAAACUAUGGAUGACCCAAAACUGCACAAUUUUAACUGAACCUAUCUUCUGUACAAUUACUUAUAAGUGAUGUUGUAAGACAACAUUGUAUAAAAUGAAUCAUAGGACUAAAGACAAGUGAUAGAGAACCGAUGUGACUACUAUAUUUAUUGAUAUUGUACAUUUUUGUGUUAAUAAUAAAAUCGGAAUAGAUUA